AUGAUGCAAACCAUUGCUGAGUCUGGUGGUGGUAUGACCGGAGCAUCCUCUAUUCAUAUGAAUAUCUUCGGACUGGAGCCAGUCGCGAAGUUCGGAAGUGAGGAACAGAAAAGGAGGUGGUUGAGACCUUUGAUCGCCGGUAACGAACGGGCUUGCUUUGGAGUCACUGAGCCAAAUACCGGCCUAGACACAUUAAAAUUACAGUCCACUGCUCGUCGGGAUGGUGAUGCAUACAUCCUUUCCGGGCAGAAGAUUUGGAUCUCCACAGCACAGAGGGCAGACAAGAUUCUCAUUCUUGUGCGUACCACACCUUAUGACCAAGUGGAAAAAGCCUCCCAUGGACUGUCGCUUUUCUAUACCGACUUACAGGUCCCUGAAGUCCAGAUCACCGAGAUCCCAAAGAUGGGAAGGGCAGCUGUUGAUACCAAUACAUUGUUCUUUGACUGCUGGCGGGUGCCUGCUACUGACCGAGUGGGAGAAGAAGAUGAAGGAUUCAAAAUGAUUCUUUACGGAAUGAACGCUGAGCGAAUCUUGAUUGGAGCGGAGGCGCUAGGGCUUGGCUUUGCUGCCUUGCGUCGUGCUAGCUUAUAUGCCGGGGAGAAACGGGUCUUCGGUCGUCCUAUCGGCCAGAACCAGGGCGUUCAGCAUCCGCUCGCUGACACUUGGAUGAAACUGGAAGCAGCACGAUUAAUGAUUUACCAGGCUGCCCGCCUUUAUGAUGAAGGAUAUACAGGGGGUGAGUACGCAAAUGCUGGAAAAUAUUUAGCAGCCGAAGCGGCUUUUGAGGCUUGCGAACGGGCUAUUCUAACCCAUGGGGGAAUGGGUUACGCAAAAGAAUAUCAUGUCGAACGUUACCUGAGGGAGGUCUUUAUCCCACGCAUUGCCCCGGUAAGUCGAGAGAUGAUUUUGAAUUACAUAGGAGAAAGAGUUUUGGGCCUUCCGAAGUCAUAUUAG